CUUGAUGACGUAAACUCUGUGCUGUUGAUGAUACCGCCAAGAGGGCCAUGGGAUCAACCAUCUCGAAUUUAUGAAAACACUGUCAAAUCAUCUUGGCAAUUCGAUCUUCUCUUUGAGGGAUAUGUUCUGAUCAAGUGUGAGGACCUCUUGAGGGGCCUUCCAUUUGGAAUCUGUUUCAGUCGGAUUUGGAACUUGGGAAAAGUUGCGACUCGAUGUGGUGAGUGGGCAGGCCUAGCUGGAAACCGCAACAGCUCGUGCCGCGUUGAGUGCACUGGUAGAUGGAGAGCACUCAAUUCAAACACGCAUGAAUGGUUCGGUUCUGUAAACAUGGGGUUUUGUUGUAACCGGCCUUGCGAAAUGCAGAACUGAAAGUACUGAAAAUGUCUAGAACCUUGCUCGUCAGGAAUAACCUUUGGAUUAUUUCUCACCGAAUCUACCACAUCUAGCAGCCAGGGCCAAGAAUUCCCCAUGCAUUUGCUUGGAAUUUCGUGGAUUGGAUAGCGUCGAGCCAGAGAGACCAUGGGAAAAGAUAUGGAGCUACUGAAGGCUGUGAAAGAAGAGGACAUUCCGCAGGUUCAGCGAAUUAUGACCAAACUCAAGGCAAAACAAAAAAAGCAAGGCACAAUCAAAAAGUCUCCUGUGAACUACCAGGAUGAAGAUGGAUUUUCUGCUCUUCACCAUGCCGCUCUCAUCAGCAACUGCAACAUCAUGGCUGCCUUGCUGGACUGCAACCAGAUCUCAGUGGACAUCAAGGAUAACAAAGGGAUGCGACCUCUUCACUAUGCAGCCUGGCAGGGGAAGGUGGAACCAGUCAACCUUCUUGUCAAGUUUGGCUCUGCCCCUAACGAUGGUUCCCAAGAUGGAGAAACACCCUUACACCUUGCCGCCCAGUACGGAAGCCACAUGGUGGUUGACACCCUCCUUCGGCACCAGGCUGACCCGACCCUCAAGAACAAGGCGGGCAAGACAGCGCUGGACCUGGCGGCCGAGUUUGGCCGGCUGAAGGUGGUGCAGCUGCUGAUGAACAGCAACCAGUCCACAGCGCUGCUGGACAUCCCCUCCAGGACGCGGGUCAGCAUGCACACGCCGUUGCACCUGGCUGCCAAGAAUGGGCACAGCGAUGUCAUCAGAGUUCUGCUAGAGUAUGGUAUCGACAUAAACAGAGAAACACCCAAUGGGACAGCUCUGCACGAGGCAGCCUUAGCUGGAAAGUCGGAAGUUGUCAAACUACUCAUUGCUAGUGGCAUCGACGUCUACAAGAAGAACUCUCACGGCCAGACGGCACUUGAUAUUGUAAAUAAAUUCACUCCGACCAGAGCCGCUCAGGACAUCAAGCAGCUGCUCAGAGACUCCAUUGGUGGUUCCCAGGCUAGGGCGCUGCAGGAUUACGUCCGUAUACACGACAGAUCAGCACUCUCCUUCAAAGCGGGAGACAUCAUAUCUGUUCUGGAACGAAACCCUGAUGGAAAGUGGAAAGGUUCAAUUAGCAAGGGCAACAUAGAAUCUAUCGGUUUCUUCCCGUCGUCACAUGUCGAGCUUCUGACAAGACCCGUCUCCACAAGUUCCAUAGGCCAACAGAGCACAUUCAGUUAUGCAAGUACUUCACCUACUAGCACAGGGCUCCCCCUCCCCACAGGCCAGUCGUACCCUCAUGGCAGCACCCCCUUGUCAAGUAUGCCAGGCAGUCUAACCUCUCCUUCCAGUAACGUUCUCGUAGACACUACUAACAAUCGCUACUCCUCGGACUCCACCACGUCCGCUAGCUCUUCCGGUAACUGGUCUAACAGAGACAGCGUUGAUCCGAUGCACGGCCAGCCCUUCAAGCACGGCUACUACCAUCCACCCAGCAGCAAUGCAGCGUUCUCGCCACCCCAGCCUCCACCCCUUCAGCCCAUGAACGGCUCCAUCCCCUAUGGGAUGCCACAGGACAAGCCGUUUCCUCCAGCAACGGAUCAUUACCAUAGCAACAUGGUUGGUAGUCCACCCAGGGCAAUGGCUGGUAGCCCGCACCAUAUACCUUCACCAACGCAUGAUCAGUCCUACUACCAUGCGAUGACCCCCCAGCAUCCUCUGUCGCCGCGGCGACUGCAUCCGGACGGGGUUCAGCAGCACGAGAACGGCAUCUGGCUGAAGCAAGGAGGCGGCGGCCAGGCCAACCUGGAUAAUUCUGGGGAGGAGAGCGGUGUCGAUGUAAGCUCAUCCACUGAAAGCAUGGAGAAAAGGAGCUACGGUGGCAUACGCACUCCCGGCAAUGCGCCAACCAUCCACAUGAAUGUCAGCACCAAGCCACUGGCGUACUCCCAACCCUUCCGCAGCUUUGAGAACGUCCUCGGUGACAAGGACACCCUCAGAUCUCUGGCAGGCAAUCAGCGUCCCCAUAGCGACGGUUCCUCUGACAUCAAGAUGGAGAUCAUGAGGCAUCCAGAUGUCAAACCUCAGUACAAGGGCAAGGAUGCUGACAGGAUAUACGAAUGGCUGAAGAGACAAGGCAUGCCUGAAUACACCAACAACUUCACCAAGGCUGGUUAUGACAUGCCCACCAUCUCGCGAAUGACCCCAGAGGAUCUGACAGCUAUUGGAGUUACCAAACCAGGUCACAGGAAGAGAAUAUCAGCCAUGAUAAGCCAGCUCAGCGAGCCUGAUGGAAUACCAAAUUACAAGCCGACUGACGUGGUCACCUGGCUGAAAUUGCUGGACUUGUACCAGUACUACAACACCUUUGUGAGUAACAACUACAACACGAUGGAUGCCGUCUCGGAGAUCACAUGGGAGGACUUACAGGAAAUGGGCAUCAACCAAUUAGGUCAUCAAAAGAAGUUUAGCCUUGCCAUCAAGAGGUUACGAGAUCUUCAGAAGCAGGCAACAAAAGUUCUGGCAUCUGCCCAACAAGCAGGUAGUGCCGGUAGCGACAACGACAGUGUCUCCCCGCACUCCUCUAGCGAUGGUGCCUACCACCACUACCCACACCCCAACGCGCUCAUGCUGGCCCAGCUCGGCCAGCGCACCUCCCCGCUACAGUCACCCGACAGCACUCUGGCCAAGAAGAAGCCACCGGGCCUUCGCAGUAGCCAGGAGAGCCUGGGCAGCGACGGUAGCAACAAGUCCAGCGGAUCGCAGGGCUCCCAUGAGCAGGCUUACCCAAAGAAGAUCGUCCACCUAAGCCAGCUGUCAGAGAACCGGGAGGCCAGCUACAUCCCCACCAGCUUGAAAGUAACGGCUGGAAUGCAGCCUGAGCACAAAGCACCGACCCCGGAGGGAGAUAAAGCCCCCAACCCCAGUGCUGUGCAGACAUUUUCAACGUUCAAGCAACCGCCCGUCACAACAACACCUGGGGAAACAUUUAAAAUCCCUGCUGUGCCCAGAGACAGGAAAUCAAAUGAUAGCUUGGAGCGGGUCCUGCUCGCACAAGGGAGCGGCUACGAUUCAUCUAGUGGUGUACCAAAAAGGAAUUCUGUGGAAGGUGGAUCAAGUAUAGGAUCAAGCGGCUCAGGGGAUGGGUCUGUCAAAAUGAAACGCUCCAAUCCCCCUGCCCCGCCCAAGAGGACUAACUCAAUUAGAACAGUUGAUGAGGAACAGCUGAAAACGGCCACGAUAGGGCGGAAGAAAUCACUGAAACAGUUCCGAGAAGAGAUGGCUGCUGGAAACAUGAACAAGAAAGUAGAGCUUCCUGAGGGAUAUGCGACCAUCAAGAGAUCAGGUACCCGAAAAACCCAAAUGUUGACCAGGUCGGCAUCUCAAGAAGGGGACUUUCCACCUCUGGGUUCUGGGGUAGCAAUUGGUCCCCCUGUACCACCAACAGUACCUGCGCUCACUCAAGGAAGCAUUGGUAACAGUGUAGCUAGUGGUGUGGCUGUCACAUCUAGUGCGCCAAGUCAGCCAAAUCAUAGCAUGUUCAGCAGCAGCAAGGUAAUCGAUGAGACACCAGCACAGACAGUAAAUUAUAGUGCCUACGGUGUCACUAACCAACCCGUACUGACACCAGUACAUCAGCAGCAGCAGCCUAGCCUGACAUAUGGACCAUAUUCUCAGACCAGCACCCCAAGUCGAAGCGCUUCAGUGCCUACAAGCCCUGUUACCAUGCAGCAACCAACGUGGACCAAUCAACAGACACCAUACUCCAGAGAUUUGGGGACACCCAGUGUCUCAGCGUCUGUUCCGUCAUCAGCAUCCUCAACACCCUCCCACAAUCCCACAGUUUCAAAACCAAACGCUGCACUGAUAGCAGAAAUGCAACAGUCCAUAGCGGCAUGCAUGCCCCCAAGCGCACGACUAAACCCCCAGAGUUCGGUCAAAAGUGCUCCAGAAUCAUCCUUCCAUGUGCCAAGUGCAACCACAAGCGAUACUCAGCAGUCAGCAGCUGUUCCGAUUCAGCUGCCGCCAAGCAAGGCUGACGAUAAAGCAUCGACUCAAAGGCAGCCCAGUGGGCUGUCAGAUGAUAGCCAGUCGCAGUCUUCUGCUGGAGGAACGUUCAAAAUUCCUCAGGGUCUCCCUCCCAGGAUGGCCAGUAACAGGCCUGCAUCUGGUGAGCUGCUUCUAAACACCAGUCGGAGACCUUCCUCGGGUGGGUUCAAGCUGGGUGUUGAUAUUGAACAGGAGAAGCAAACUCAAAGCAGGGCCCAGCAAGCCGAGGUCAACAUGCGAGAGGGAGGACUCAGCAGCUCUCAGAGACCUCCCUCAACAGGAAGCACAGGAAGUGGUGGCAGUGGAAGCACAGACAGCGGCUCCGGCAAAUCAGACCGGCCUGGCAACAUGGAACUUCUCUGGAAGAGGAUGUCCCAGGAAGGGGAGGAAAAUGCCCCAAUCAUCCAGCCAGCCCUCUCCAAACCCCUGGAAGGCAUCUGGCGGCCAAAGUCGCGCCACUAUGAUAUCGGUAGUCAGUUGGAGGACCAGAACCAGGUCGAUUUCUCCACUGACGGGGAGAGCAGCAACCUUAAGAUCCAGACCAAAGCCACUUUCCGCUCGCUGAAGAAGCAGUUCUUGGAUCAGAACUCGACACCCAUCACCUACCACACCCUGAAAAGACCUCCUAAGAAGCCUGAUCCCAACUUCUCUGAGGAGGAUUUCAGGCCCCGGUCCAAGUCCUUCACGGACAUGGAUGAGUACAACCAGUCACCCGUGGCCAAAGAUGCUCCUGUCAACUUUGAAACAUAUGCUGCCAAAGAGGAUGCUAUAAGGCAGCCAGACUUUGAUACAAAUGUUGAGAGUCUACCUCCCGGCUCAGACUCCUUCCCCACCUCUGGCAACUCUUUUCAAAACAUGCAAACCCAAAACUCAUCUGUAAAAAUGCCCUUUCCCGAUAAUGGAGGCCAUGCUCAGAAACCUGUCAGCCUUCCAGGACUCGUUUCAAACUAUGGUGCUAAGAAUCUUGGCAGUGACAAGGGCAGCUUCCAUGAACCAGUACUUAACAGCCAGCCACAUCCGCCUAGUGUUGGCCCUAAAAAGGUGCCACCUCCGCAGGUGCCACCUCCGCUGGUGCCACCUCCGCAGGUGCCACCUCCACAGGUGCCACCUCCAAAGAUACCCAAGCCUCAGAGCCUCCCACCUCAGGCAUCACCACCACCACCUCAGGCUCCCCAGCCCCAAGCUUCUCCACCCAAGGCUCCCUCCUCCGAAGAGCCAUUCUCCAAAGCCCCCCCUCAGAAGGUUUCUCCACAGCAAGUUCUUCCUCCCAAGGUGUCUCCUAAGGCGCCCCGCAUGAAGGCUGCCAUCCAGCCACCCCCACCCCCAGCUCAGCAAGAAAUGAUGCCUCCACCUCCUCCAGUGGAUGAUUUACCCCCACCCCCGCCAAAUGAUGAUUUCCCGCUGCCGCCUCCACCAUCUCAAGAAUUUGACCUACCGCCGCCACCACUACCAGAGGAAGCAGGUCUUCCUCCCCCUCCCCCAUUGCAGACCAACACACCUCCUUACCCCCCUUUCUCCUGCAACAACUUCCCAGCACCUCCACCGACAGUGCAGCCAGUGUCACAGAAACUGUCCAGGCAAGCAGGAGGCCCACAAACAGCCCCGAAAAGCAAGUCCAGCUCAGGCAAGAAGAAAUCCUCGCACAGGACACCUGUAGUCUCGGAGGGUUGGGAGUCCAACUCUGAUACAAUUAAGAGGAAACCAAGCACCCCCUCGCCUGGCCUGUCCCUUCCGCCGGAUAAUGUGUCCGAAGCAACAGCUACCAGUGCACAGUCCAUAGAACCCCAGCAAAGUCCAAGUGUUGACAAAAAGAGCAAAAAAUCCCCUGUUAAAGCUCCUGUGAAGGUGCCUGAGAAAUCAGUGAAAUCACCGUCCAGGACUGGAAAGGCUGCCGUCAAAGCCCCGGUGAAAAAGAAAGCCGUGGUGGCACCGCCCCCUCUAGAAGACUCAGACGAUGUGGAUUUCUACUCGCAGGAUCUGGACAUGAUGGACACGCUGGGUGGACAGGACGCCGCUGUGGAGUCGGACAGCAGCGACACAAUGGAGUCUGCCCUGUCGGGCUUUGAAAAUGAGAACACAGACACCAUCAAGAAGCAGCCCAUGAAGCUGAGCCCUGCCCGGGCCAAGACGGAGGUGAGCCAUCCAGAAACUUUGGGCAGAGCCCCUUUCAUUGGGGAAUCAGCCUCAGCAGGGAGCAAGACCGAUGUCAUGAGAGAUCGAGAUGAAGCAGCCUCAUCCAAGAAGAAGAGAGACUCGCAAGGCUUUGGUGAAGUUUCCCUUCAGCUAGCCGACAUUUUGAACAGCAUGGGCUCAGAGGACCCACUGGCUAACUUUGCUGCCAAUGCAGAGGCAUCGGCUAAGGCCAGAUUGUCGCCAACAAAAUCAUUCUCGCCCACUCAGACUGGUCCAUUAGCCAUCCAAGAGCCAGCCAGCCAAGAGCCAGUCGACUCGAAAGACAUCUUCAACGACAUUGAGUCCAUGUUCAACGAUCUCACCUUUGAUUUGGACAGCAUGAUGAAUUAAUCUUCGGUCAUCAACCCUGGAGUAAUAGCAUUUGCAUUAAAGGUGGCUUUCUGCCUGGGAUAAAUACACAUUAUAGUCACUCGGAUUGCUGUCAGAAGUCUAGUUAACGUCUGUCGCCAUCUCACAUUAAUUUUUGAACCCCGCCCACGAUGAAAGCAUGUCAGAAGUACCUAACUGCACAUUGUGCUGCCUUCCAUAAGAAAGUGGCAUCAAAAGUCAUGAUGAAUUAAAUUAUUUGCACAACACAUGAAGGUUGAAAUCUUGCACAGUACAUCCUAAUGUUAAACAUGAACCACUGUUCAUUGACCUAAUGCAUUACAAUCAUCUUCUUAACAUUUCCAAAAUGUUGAAGACCUUUCAUUUGAAUGGUGAAGUUAGAAUGGCCAAAAUAUAAAACACAUGUUGUGAAGACGGUUCUAUUUGCAAGUUGUCCGCUAGCAGCAGUACUUGUGGAAGUGUUGUUAAAUGCCAGUAAUGCCAAGUUUGUCCACUUCAAAGACAAAUUGUAUCUUUUGAGAGACUUGCAAGCAUUGUAGCGGAGCAUCUGGAAAAAAAAUGCACUGUUGGACUAUGCAGCUGGUACUCUGACACGGUACGUGUACAGUACUCGGGAAGCGCAGCAGAGUUUCCUGGUGUUAUCUUCUAUAACAUUGGCUGUUUGCAGCGUGACCAGAAUUUGGUUCAAAAUUGUACCAAGGAGAUGCUUUUGUUCAGCCUGGCCUUCAGUGAACAUGCACAGCUUUUUCCUGGACAGUCUUAGGCUGUGUCCAAAGUGGGCUUCUUGAGCUAUGGCUACGUCUGUUGUGAGAGCAUCUCUCUGUAUUUCCAAUGGAGUGUAGACCUAGCCCUGGACAACAGAUUAGGAUGCAGCCUUACCGCGCGUGGUAGUUAUCUGCGCAAGGAAUUUUGAGUGGAUUGCACUGGGGCUCUACAUUUUCUGUCAGCUUCUAUGCAGGCUUUAUGCAGUAAUUUACGAAGUCCUUCCUUCUCCGCAGCAUUCUUUAGUUGGGAAUGGGUGAGCACUCGUUUUUCUUUUCCUGCCUUGUCAAAUUAAUGCAGAUUUUGCUGCGUUGUAUACACUCAGUGAGCUUCCUCUGUGGGUAAUUUUUGUUCAUAGCCUCGAGAAGUCUUAAUAGCUGGUCAGGUAACUGGUGAAAACUGUUGAAAAGUCGGAGAGAUCAAAUGAAUUAUGCAUCUUUGAGUCCUCUGCUUCCAUUUUCAUUGCUUACUUGGUAAAAAAAGACUCAAACAGAUACAGUAACGCAAUUUGUCUUUGCAUAUUGUUUGCAAUAACACACCUUUUGAUUGCCUUGGUAAUUGCAAAGCAAUAUUUAUGCUUCAGAGAUUAUUCUUUUUUUGAUGGAAAACACAUGUCUUCAUUAGAAGCAUUAUCUCAGCUCAGUGUAUGUAAGACCGUACCAAGCUGAAAUGAUUUGAAAGGUUCCUUUUUCUUCUAAUCUGGAUAAGCAACUGUCUACCGCAUGGCUAAUGCCUGCAAAAAGCCGCCAACAAUAAUUUAUCUUAUGCAGAAAUGGAAAGCUGUCUGGCAGUUAUCCUGGGAAGAAAGGUCAUUGACUGUUCAUUAAUGCCAGAAUACACUUUGUGUUCAGACAGAUGACCUGUGAAAUCUUUUCAGUUGCCUCCUGUCAAUUUGAUGCACAGAUUUAAGAGGAAAGCUAGUUUCAGGCAAUUUGUCAAACCAGCGAUCAUUAAAAAAUAAUUCAAAGAUAAGAGAAUAGGACUGCUCCCGUUCAUGAUUCAAAUAAGAUGUUUUAAAAUGAAUCACGGCAUCUUUGAUACAGAGAUAACAUUCAAAAUCAUCUAUUAAAAUCUGAUUGUCUUGUUGUAUUAUUAUUUCAGUUUGAGGUUGAAACAGAUUGAUCCACGCGAUUCAAAAUACCAAUCACUGGCCAUCCAUUAACUCCAGAAAACUAGUAUCAAACGUCUUGUAUUAAAAAAAAAUUGGUCCAGUGGUUCAAAGAAACAGCAUGUGGUAGAGGGCGCUCUUUGGUAGCACCAGGUCCUUGCUUCGUCAAUGUAUGGUUUUAUUUGAUGUGUUACAAACGACAGUACAUGUAUAUGUACAUGUACAUGCAUUCACUGUUCGGUGUUUUGCCUUGUUCGAACAAAACCCAGUCAGAGUUGAAGAUUUUAAUACAAAAUCAUAACAAAAUACUACUGUUGACUCAUCGGUAGUCGUUUUUUAGCGAUUUUACUUGAGAAGAAAUUUAAUUGACAAAAAAUUAUUUGAUUUUAAUGAAAUUCGAAGUUAUGUAUCCUUUUACCUUGUGAGUUUGGCUUUCUGAUGACUUAUAUUUUAUGUAUAGGCAUUUCCAAAAAAGAACAAUCUUUAUUUUUCGCUUCCAUACUAUUUAUAAUGAAUAAUAUAUGUUAUGAUUUUUUGGCUUAGCUCGCAGUUUUUGUAUACUUUUCCCUAUUCACUGCCAGUAAGACGCUUUCUUUAAUGUCAUUAUUGAAUUAGAGAAGCAUUAGUUAAUACAAAGUGUGUUUAUAUUGUUCAGUUUUAUUCGCCAAUAAUAAAAUGAAAACCUAGGGACUUGGUUCUGCCCUUUAAAACACAAGUAAAUUUGCCUUGAAAAAUUAAUUACCAUUUUUCUGAGGCAAAAAGUCUGAGACACAUUCAGUAGUCUACUGCAUUGUGUUUUGUUGGAGCUGAUAUCCGACUUGUCAAAGCCAAAAUAUGACCAGAUAUUUUAUUAUAUUCCUAAUGUAUCAUCAGAAGAAGCUACAUAGAGUCUGGUGCAGUGGUGCAGUUUUUUUCUUAUUUUAAGUCGUCCAAAAGAUUUCAAGAGAUUGCUCGCGCAGGUGUGUGUGUUUGGUAUCGAGACGUGCCAGGGACUGAAUUGUGCGAUGACCUUUUAUCUCUCUGUUGAAAGUCCAGUUUUUUCGUCUGUUAUGUUCCUUGUAGUUUUGAACAGACGUUAAAGGAGUGCAGUUCUUUUAAGUCCUUCUGUUGCAAGGUCUACUUAUGAAGUGAAGUUGAAAACUGCACGCCACCGCAAGUAGGAUAAUUUUCACACGCAAAACAGAACUCUGCUUUUUGAAACCUUGAACGUUUAAUUUAACACAAACCGAUCCGCGGAGGAAUAUUUCUGAGAGAGGCAAGAGGAAAUUCUGCCAUGCACUUGUGUUUUGUGCCUAGUUGAUGAAUCGUAAUUCUGCGGGCGAUGUGAUAGGGAAACGAUUUCUACAAAUGCAGAACGCAAAUUUGAUUUUAUACCUUCUUUAUUUUUCCUCGGAAAUGAUGAUUUUUGUCAAUUUUUCCUCGGUUGUUUAAACUCAAUUUCGUUUUGUAUUACACAUGUAUACUCUUAGCAACUGACUGCUCGCGUGCGUAUUUAUAAAACAUCGAAACCUCUCUGAAACGAAUAAGUAUGAUUACAUAAACAGCUGUACUAUAAGUUAUGUUAUAUACUACGGCUAAAAAUGUAUGAUAGUUAACUUGUAUCUAUACUAUACAAACACUGUGUACGUAUUGCAAUCUUUGUGGUAUGUGUAAAUUGUGUCUGAACGUGAUGUGUUGGUUUGGCUGUGGAACCACAGUACAUUAACUAGAGUCCAUAAGGACACAAAAUAUUAUUAGCCAGGAGGUAUAGAACACGACACGGCUAACUUGUACAGCGUGAACGGAAACCGUUACAGAUUAUGCAAGGUGUGUGCAAAGUUAAAUUUUUAAGGUCGUACGUAAUUGCCGACAGUAUUUUUGUUUCACAAAAUGAGCAGUACAGUAGACCUGAUUUUUAUUUGAACAUGUUAUCUAUCAGUGUACCAAUAUUAUGUAUUAUGUUAUUAUUGUACAGAAAAUUACUUCAUUGACACUGUGUUUGAUAUAUAGAUGAUUAAAAAGUGAACUAAUAAAAGAAAUUCUGGGGCUUCCUGAGAAAGGAAAGUAAUUUC